UAAUUUGAUUGAUUUUUAUCUACUUUUAAAAUGUAAAGAGCAAAACAUCUUAAAUUCGAGUCUAGUUAUUUAUAUAUUAUAAAAAUAUUUACUUUUAUAAUAAGAAAAAAAGAAAGUUGUCUCCUGAUUCAGAGUCCAUCAAUUAUACCCGGCUAAUUAUGCUUCUAUUAAAUUUUCAAAGAUAAAAAAUCUGCAGCUGCAUUGACUUUUGUUCACUCUAUGCCAGAUUUAUAUCUACAUAUAUAAAGUCCUUCGUUAUACCUCACAAAACCCUAUCUUCUCCUCCUCCUCCUCUUCCUCCUCCUUCUUCUUCUUCUUCUUCUCCUCUUAAUUAAUUUAUGUUCUCCUCUCUUAUCUAUCUAUACCUCGUCUUGAUCUUGAUGCUGAUGAUUAACCCACGCCUCUUUGUCUUGAUAUGGUAUAUAUACACUCGUAAUUAAAGCAAGAAGCGGAAAAAUUUCUAGCCAGAGAAAUUACUCUCAUUUCUUGCUUGCAUGCUCUAAAUACCAAAGUGGAUCCAAAUCAUGGGAAGAGGCCCCUUCCAUUCGAUGAACCGGAGGAGAAAGAGGAAGAUCACAUCUUCCCAAUCUACUCAGCUCGAUCUCAACAAGACAUGAAUGCAAUGGUUGCAGUCCUAUCUCAAGUUAUUGGAAAUACCCACAAUAAUCCUCUUCAAGUUCAUGAAAAUCCAUUAACAACACAGCAAUCAACCACACAAGGGCAUGAUCAACCGCAGCAGCCAGUUCAAGAUCAAGGGAACACGAGGAGAAGACACUAUAGAGGAGUGAGGCAGCGACCAUGGGGCAAAUGGGCUGCCGAGAUCCGGGAUCCAAAGAAGGCAGCUCGAGUAUGGCUCGGUACUUUUGAUAACGCCGAAGCUGCAGCACUUGCCUACGACGAAGCUGCUCUUAGGUUUAAAGGAAGUAAAGCUAAACUUAACUUCCCUGAAAGAGUUCAAGGCACAAGCGAAUUAGGUUUUUUGACUAAUCGCCGAGGUUUGCAUGCUGGCACUGAACAAAUGAGUAAUCGAGUUAUUGCUCCUCCUCGUCCUCCACAAACACAACAAGAAGCAUACUCAAGUAGUCUUCAAUACCCACAGUUUAUGUUUCCAGGUGGGAACUAUGGCAAUGCUGUGCCUGCUGAUCCUUAUGGUAGAGAUCAGCCAUUUCUUUCGCGGACGUCAUCAUCUACAUCUUCAUCUUCAUCAUCCGUACCUUCUCAUCAACAAGAUGAACUCGUAAGAUUUUCAAUGCAGUUUGGGAGUCCUUACUCUCAUUCUAAUCAUCCUCCUACAAAUUGGAUGAACUUUGAUUCUAAACACGGAAGAGACUAGUACGUGUAGGCAGAAAAGUUUUACUAUUUGAGGAGAUAGCUAACUAGAGAGAAACUGUUGAACUUUCGGGUUAUGAUCAUGACGUUUUUCCCCUCUUCCACUUGCUUGUUUUUCUCUUUUCCUCUUUUGAUUUCCUUUUUCCCUUUUUGGGGUUAUUUAGUUAAUUUUCUUGCUUGUCGAUCCUCUUUCCCAUCUGGGGUAAUCAACUGGUAUUGUUUGUUGA